GCCAGUCAGAAUAAUUUGAUCGCGCAACCAGUGCCAGUUGAAAACCCAUUUGGAACACUCCCUGCAAUGCCUCAACUGUCAAUUGGUCGUGCUGGCUCAGCACCCUCUGUCCAAUAUUGAAUUUCUAGCAUGCCUGUUGGCAACAAGCCCACUCUUGUCAGAGUUUCACCCUUACUGACUCCUAGGCACUUGUCUCGGAGAAGGAUUAGGUUAUAUGAUGUUAUAUAUCAUCCUAGAAAUGAUGGUCUGAAGGUGCCAUUCUUUAGUGACGAUGAGGAAACACCAAGUACGCUAAAGGCGGAUGCUCUUUUCAUUCCUCGGGAGAAUCCAAGGGCACUGGUUAUUCGUCCCAUGGACCAGUGGCCCACAAGAUCUAGUGCAGAAAAGCAGUCUCCAUUGAAAGAUACGGAUGCACCAGUUCAUCAAAAUGUGUUUCCUUGAAAAACAAGAUACGAUAUUUUUAAGGCCAAAUGUGGAAAAAGGACAAAGUCUUGAGGGCAUAAAAACAUGGGCCAUGCUGUACUUCUAGUUGUGGGUAGUAAGUUCUCAUUUUCCAAGGCUGUCCUUUUUGGAGAAGUGUUAUUCGAACAUUGAAAACUCAUCAGCAUGAAUCUCUUGCUUGUUUUUCAAAGUAGUCUCUGUUAAAGAUCUGGAAGUCCAUGUUGAGUUUGAUGGGAGUGUUGAAUGCUCACUCACUAAAUUUGCUUGUUAUGUUAGUGUUGUGGGGCUGAUGUCACGGGGGCAGCUGGUUGUACAUGCAAUCUUGAGAAUUCAUGUUUCGGAUGUGAUUAACAAAACAAGAUUCGUAAUGCUGACUUCGGUUGGUGUUGCAUGGAUUGGGGUGUUGUUGUUGCUUUCUUUGGAGCUGUAGGGCUCAUUGGUCUAUAGUUCUUUCUUUUCUUUAACUAGGCAUUUCAUCCCAAAAAAAAAAAAAAUGUAGUUACAAAUCUGAUGCUAAAUAGUUGGGAUGGUGAUGUUGUUGUUGUGGUUAUAAUGUCACAUCAAUUAAUUGCAGAAAGUGAUCUAGAACUAUCUAUUUCAUGGAGCUUAGGGCCUGUAGUUUAAUCUGUUGAGUCAGUCUACCAAUGGCAGGGAUGUGCAUGUGUUUUGCAGCUAGUGAAAUGCCAUGUCAUAUUCCUAGCCAUUAUGCAUAAUUCCAUUAUGGUUAUGGUUAGUAAUUUUGGAUUGUCAAACUAGGGUUUUUUCUUUGGUUGUUCUCUUUACAUGAUGCUCUUAUUCAGGUAUAAUCUCUGGGGAGGCAUCCGCUUCUGCUUUAAAUGGUUCCUUCUCUCAAGAUCAUGAUGGUAAGCCCAUUUCUUUAAUUUAGUUUUUGUUUUUGCUCCCUACUCUUUUUAAUUUUUACUUUAUAAGCCAUCAUGCCUCAUCUGGCAUUUCUUUUUCUUGUUUUGAUCUUUAAUGCAACUGAAACGUUGUGAUUGGUAACUUGAAAAUUCUUACUGAGAUAUUUUAGUUUUAUGGAUAUGCUGCAGGGUGCCAAAAAAAGAAAAUAAAAAGAAAAAAAAGGGGAAAAAAAUAGGAGAAGAACAAGAUAUUAAUUUGAAAUUCCUUUUAGUCUCCACUCAAGGAACCACACAUCCUUGAUUUGCCCCACACCUUUGGUUCCAUUUGGAAUAUGGCACAAAUUGCCAUUAUGCUCCACUUAAAUGCACCCCCUAUGGUUUCGAAUUGAGUUUGCUAGGAAGUGCAGAAACUCCAUUGCACAUUGAGUGGAACAGAGUCUGUCAUAUCAACUAUGGAUGGCUAGCGAUGAUGUAUGACAACUAACCACUUGCUCUAAAAGAUCGAAUUGAUAAAGCAUGUCGAAUCAAUCCCUUUAUCUCAUAGCCCAAGUUAGGCCCUCGGCCGAACCCCCCUUGUGGGCCCCACUUCACAUGGGUCUUGCCUCACAUGAGCUACCCACCUCACACGGGCCGCCCACCUCGAGUGUGCCCCUCUUCACACUGGCCGUUCUACUCGAGUCCAGUGUGAAAAUGCCACUGCAUCAAUCAUCCCUGGUAAGGAGUCUCAAACAUGAGACCUCCUGCUCUGAUACUACUUUUGAUGCAGAACAACUAACCACUUGCUCUAAAAGUUUGAACUGAUAGAGCUUGGCAAAUCAAUCCCUUUAUCUCAUAGCCUAGGUCAGGAACUCGGCCAAACCCCCCUCAUGGGCCCCACUUCAGAUGGGUUCUGCCUCACACGAGCCACAUGCCUCACACAAGCCGCCCACCCCAAGUGUGCCCCCGCUUCACAUAGGCCACCCCACUCGAGCCCGGUUUGAAAAUGCCCGUACAUUAAGCAAGCUCAAUUUGGCAGGAGGUGCUGAGCUAAGCCGAAAGGUCAGUUUAGCCAAUGGCAAAUUCACCUGAUGUAAAUAUAGUAACUUAAAAACUCAGCCUUUCCGUUUUUAUUACAGAAUGCCUAAUUCAAAACUCAACUACAGUUCUUG